AUGAUAGCUCCACCAACCUCGCAGUCCGAACUACACCUCCUUUGCGUUUCAGCAGUCGUCCGAGACCUCAUUCAAGCAUAUAACGAUGCGUCCACAUCAUCCAAACCAAUCCAACAGCCUAACCUCACCGCCCUCCGACAGAAGUACGCAGGGAAAUAUGGAUUGAGGGCUGUACCUCGUCUGACGGACGUUUUGGCAGCUGUACCGGAAGAAUGGAAAGAUAGAUUGAGGGGUUGGCUGAAAGCUAAACCUGUUAGGACCGCUUCCGGUGUUGCAGUAGUAGCUGUCAUGUGUAAACCCCAUAGAUGUCCUCAUGUAGCUAUGACUGGAAAUAUUUGUGUGUACUGUCCAGGUGGACCUGAUUCGGAUUUCGAAUAUUCCACUCAAUCUUACACUGGUUACGAACCUACGUCUAUGAGAGCGAUUAGAGCGAGAUAUGAUCCGUACGAACAAGCUAGAGGAAGAGUCAAUCAGCUGAAGGAUCUGGGUCAUAGUGUUGAUAAAGUUGAGAUCAUCAUCAUGGGAGGAACCUUCAUGUCCAUGCCAGAAGACUAUCGACACAAGUUCGCUGCAGGCUUGCACAACGCCUUAAGUGGACAUGUAACAGAUGAUAUAGACGAGGCUGUCAAAUUCUCCGAACAGAGCAAGAUCAAAUGUGUAGGAAUCACCAUUGAGACACGUCCAGAUUAUUGUUUGAAACCCCACUUAUCGCAAAUGUUGAGAUAUGGAUGUACGAGGUUGGAAAUUGGGGUUCAGAGUGUUUACGAGGAUGUAGCGAGAGAUACCAAUAGAGGUCAUACGGUACGGGCGGUAUCUGAAUCGUUCCAUAUGUCAAAAGAUGCUGGAUAUAAGAUCGUGGCGCACAUGAUGCCGGAUUUACCGAAUUGUGGGACAGAGAGGGAUAUAUGGCAGUUCCAGGAAUUCUUCGAGAACCCAGCUUUCAGAUCAGACGGUCUGAAACUUUAUCCAACUCUAGUGAUUAGGGGUACAGGUCUAUACGAACUAUGGCGAACUGGAAAAUACAAGAAUUACCCACCGAAUGCAUUGGUAGAUAUCGUAGCUAGAAUUAUGGCUUUGGUACCACCUUGGACCCGAGUCUACAGAGUACAGAGGGAUAUACCCAUGCCUCUGGUUUCUUCAGGUGUAGAGAACGGUAAUUUGAGGGAGUUGGCUUUGGCAAGGAUGAAGGAUUUCGGUGCGGAAUGUAGGGAUGUAAGGUAUAGGGAAGUAGGGCUCCACGAGAUCCAUAACAGGAUUCGACCACAGGAUCUCGAACUUCUCCGAAGGGAUUACUCGGCCAAUGGAGGUUGGGAGACGUUCUUAUCGUACGAAGAUCCAGCUCAGGAUAUCUUGAUCGGUCUGUUGAGGUUGAGAAAAUGUUCUGAAGAUGGUACGUUCAGAAAGGAGUUGGUGGGUAUGGAAGGAGGAUGUAGUCUGGUCCGAGAACUGCAUGUUUACGGUACAGCCGCGCCUGUUCAUUCGCGUGAUCCGAAGAAAUUCCAACAUCAAGGUAUAGGAACGUUGCUCAUGGAAGAGGCAGAGAGAAUAGCGAGGGAUGAGCACGGCAGUGGGAGGAUUGCGGUUAUUUCGGGUGUUGGGACGAGAGAUUAUUAUAGACGAUUGGGUUAUUUCCUUGAUGGCCCAUAUAUGGUUAAAGAUUUAUUGUAUUAG